AGCCGGUCCAGGCAGCGGCCCUCUCCCUUCUCUCUCUCUCUCUCUCUUCGGCCCUCCUCCGCUUCCGGGGGCGCCGCUAAUCCGGACAUUACGGGGAAGAUGGCCGGCGCUGGGCUCCUUCUUCUUCCGGCGGCGCAGCGACGAUAAGCGCGACUCGGGCCCGCCCUCCUCCUUCUCCUCCUCUGGAUCUUCGUGCUGGGCGUUUGCGAUGGCGGCGGAGAUCCACUCUCGUCCGCAGAGCAGCCGCCCGGUGCUGCUGAGCAAGAUCGAGGGGCACCAGGACGCCGUCAGCGCCGCCCUCCUCAUCCCCAAAGAGGACGGCGUCAUCACCGCCAGCGAGGACAGGACGAUUAGAGUAUGGCUGAAAAGAGACAGUGGCCAGUAUUGGCCCAGCAUUUACCACACAAUGUCAUCUCCUUGUUCAACUAUGGCUUAUCACCAUGACAGCAGGCGAAUAUUUGUUGGCCAGGAUAAUGGAGCCAUUAUGGAGUUCCAUAUCUCAGAAGACUUUAAUAAGAUGAAUUUUGUCAGGACUUAUCCAGCUCACCAGAACAGAGUGUCUGCAGUGAUCUUUUGCUUGGAAGCUGAAUGGGUUAUCAGCACUGGCCAUGAUAAAUGUGUCAGCUGGAUGUGUACCAGAAGUGGAAACAUGCUGGGAAGACACUAUUUCACCUCCUGGGCUUCUUGCUUACAAUAUGACUUUGAAACCCAGCAUGCCUUUGUUGGUGACUACUCUGGACAGAUCACUUUGCUGAAGCUUGAACAGAACACAUGCUCGGUAAUCACAACUCUCAAGGGUCAUGAAGGAAGUAUUGCUUCCCUCUGGUGGGAUCCUGUUCAGCGGUUACUCUUCUCAGGAGCCUCAGAUAACAGUAUAAUCAUGUGGGAUAUUGGUGGAAGGAGAGGCCGAACACUCCUCCUGCAAGGCCAUCAUGAUAAGGUGCAGGCCCUUUGUUACCUCCAGCUCACACGGCAACUGGUUUCAUGUUCCGCUGAUGGAGGAAUCACAGUCUGGAAUAUGGAUGUUAACAGGGAAGAGGCCCCUCAGUGGUUGGACAGUGAUUCCUGUCAAAAAUGUGAGCAGCCUUUCUUCUGGAAUAUAAAGCAAAUGUGGGACACAAAGACACUGGGGCUGAGACAGCAUCACUGUAGGAAAUGUGGCCAGGCAGUGUGUGGCAAGUGCAGCACUAAACGGUCCAGCUAUCCCAUCAUGGGCUUUGAAUUUCAAGUCCGAGUCUGUGACUCCUGUUUUGAUUCAAUCAAAGAGGAGGAUCGUACUUCUUUGGCAACUUUUCAUGAAGGAAAACAUAACAUUUCCCAUAUGUCCAUGGACAUCUCGCGAGGACUUAUGGUGACAUGUGGAAGUGAUCGAGUAGUAAAGAUAUGGGACAUGACACCAGUAGUAGGUUGUGGCCUUGCAACUGGAUAUGCAUCACGCUGAUUUGGGUCUGCCAGGAUGACAUACUUUAAGCAUCAAAUGGAUACACACUACCUUUUGGGACCCAAAUAAUGCUGUCUAGUUGACUCUGUGAAUGCUCUUUUCCAAGAUGAACAGCCACUUUUUUGGUGGAGCAAAAUUCAUCUUUACAAUUUACCAAGAAUGGCAGAGGAUGAUCAAGUACAUGUUCAUUGCCUGUGGAACAAACACAGAAAAAGCAUUUAUAGAAAACAAAACAUUUGGCCAAAAAAUGACUAUUCAUAACUUGAUUUACACAUAGUAUUCAAUGUGCUUUUCUCUGCUGAAAUAAUAGUGUACAGUGCCGAAAGGUUAAAUUGAGUGCAGUGAUGGCAAAACAUGUACAAAUAGUAGUAACUUUUUCUCAGUCCUUGUAAACCAUCCCUGUAGACUAGUUUUGUCUUAGGAACAGUCGUGAAGGUUGGCUCAUGGACAUUGAGUAAAACUGCCAGCAGGAUGAAAGAGAAAUACUUUUUCUUUUCCAGCACCGUUGCAAUAAGGGUGAGAAUGUUGGUUAGAAUGUUCAGAAGUAUUUUCUACUAAUUCUGUUUGUUAUUGACCCCUACAGAGUUGCUCGUAACUGUGUGAAAAUUAUCUCCAAAUUGUCACAAGUAGCUUUUUAUACCUAACAAAAUACCAAAUUCACAACACCAUUUUUAGUGUUGUGAAAUAAACACAAUGUAUCAUGUGCCGUGUAUUGACAGAUAUAUUCCAAUGGAGGCUAAAUGAAACUGAAAUCUGCCAUCUGUUGAUUAAAUAAGUUGCUAUGGUCUUCCCUUGCCCCUGAAAUUCAGACUUUGUGUUUUUCCACAUCCAAGGAGGAUGUUAAUGAAGUGGUAAGUCUCAUCUUGAUGUUAUUUAAAGUAAGUGGUGAAUGUCAUUUUUAAAAUCAUUUAAUAAUAAUAUUGUACAGGGGCCUUUGGUAUAUGUUCUUCAGUUAAAGUGACAAAGCUGUGGGGUUAAAAGUCUAUCCCUUUUGAAAAUGAAGCUCAUUUGCUGUAUUACACUACAAAAUUACGAGAAGGGAAUAAUCUUUGAAAAUCCAAGCUUUUCUUGCCUGAGAGUGAGUUAAGAUCUGGUUUGUGUAGAUUGUAAGGUUCUCUCUAGAUAACAAUAUCUCUCGUCCCAUUGUGUAGUGUUCAUCUCUAAGAGGUCCUAACUGAAAAUAUUGUGUUAAAUGGAAAAAAGAAAACGUCUUAAGUAUUUCGCACAAAGCCACUAUUGAUUGUACACCAUUUUAAACUGCAAAUCCCUUGAAUACAGUGAAUAUUUGUAUCAAGUGUUUCAUCUUUUCUGUUCUUUAAGUUAAGGGGUUAUAUAUGAGGGAAGAAAAAUAUAGUAAUCAAAAAUGUUACUUAAAGGGGAAGCUGUUCUUUCCCCCUAAAAACUGUCAUAAAAUAGGGAUAAAUCAAGGUUGCGUGUUACACUUCUGAAAUUUUGGUUUCCUAACAAUAACAUGAAACCUCAGAAAAGACAUUUAUUCCUGAGCCUCUGAAUUAAUGACACUCCAUUUUGAAGGCAGACGAAGAAUAAAUAGGAAGUUGGAAUCAAGCAUUUGAGCUAGUUCAUUUGUGUGGGUAGUUUAAAAAAUAGUAAUUCAUAUAAGAACAUUUUCUUCAGAGUGAAUACGUUGAUAAGUCCAAGAUACAUGGUCUCAUCAAACUGAUAAACUCAUACUACUCAAAUGCCUUAUUGGUCUGUGGGAGAAACUGAAUUUAACUUGUAUGGAUUAAACCAGAAUGAAACUUUUCACCUCAGUGCCAGAAAUACUACUUUUUCUGGACAUGUGCAUCUGUGUUUAAAAAAAAGUUACUUUACUUGAAAACAUAUCUUCCCUCCUCCCCCUUUAAAUGCCUGUUAUCGUCUGCACAUGUCCCUUUUUUCAGUACUGGAAAUGGGAUAACUUGCUGGCCAUAGACAAGCACCCAACAUCGGUACAUAUACAUACAGAGUAGAUUCACUUUUAAUUAGCAGUAUAAACCACAGAAUAAUUGCUUUCACCUUUGGACAGUUACACUCCUAAUCUUCCAUAAAUAUUUUGCCAGAGGUUGUUGAAUUUGCUCCAUGACGGAGGGAAUAUAUAGAUUUGGGGGGGGGGGGGGGGGGAAUUAACUUUGCUAAAGCCAACAUAUUGGUGAAAUCUUGUUGGUGAAACAGCAGUCUAUAUUUCCAUUCACUCAAAUUCUCCAAAUGUCAUAGAUCUUUGCUUAAGUUAUAUUGCUUGCUUUUGUAUAGAAAAAUGAUCAGGGGGGAGGGGGGAAAGGACAAGAACCAUGCUGUGCACUGUAACACUGUCAUUGUAACUUUAAUGUGCAGUUAUUUAGACUUGACAUAUUUACCCCCUUUCCCCCCACAACCCUAUGUUUCCUCUACAAAGCCUUUCUUCAUGGGGGGCGGGAGCAACAAGUACUAAUGCAUUUUUCUCUUAUUAUUAUGUUUUUGUGAAAGACUGUAUCAUUCAUUAUCAGAUGCUGUUGUUGCUGUUCAUUGUUCCCCUCUUGUGUUGUUUUUUUUUUUUUUUUUGGAGGGAGGGAGAACUUUGAUUAUUGUACAAUAAAAAAUAUUUCCUGAUAGUA